CGUCAUUACUGUGCGCCUGGUGUUUACAGAUAGCCGUCAAAAAUUCAGCAGGUACCAACUAUCCGCUGUUUUAACCCCAAACAGUGGAGAGUUAUUUUAGUCUGUAACAUGAGUGCAUGUCCAUGACAAGAACAGCAUAAAUAAGUUGACCAAUGUCGUGAAAUUCUGCAGUUUUGGACGUGGUUUUGUAUGUUUUGUGGAUGAAUGCUGGUGUGAUUGGAAGAUGUAAACACCACAAAGUUGUUACAGGUGAAAAUCAUCUGGAAAACAAAUCAGUUCAAAGCCGUAUGAAAGGUUGAAAGCAGUGUCUUAAUGUGAUGGAUGAAGAAGAAGAUAUGGAGACACUCGGUGAACAACUGUACAGUCGGAUUUACCCCAAACACAAAGAGAUUGCUGGGAAACUCACAGGUAUGUUGCUGGAGCUGCCAGGUCCUGUCCUGAGUCAGAUGCUGCAGGACGAGGCCAUGCUGACUGCAGCUGUGGAGAAAGCCCUCCGAGCCCUGCAGCUGUCACAGGAGCCAAGCAGGGUAACAUGUAGGGAUGAGGAUGAUGUGUCUGUAUCCUCUGACUCUCUUGGGGAGCAGCUGUUUGAGCUGGUGGAUGUCUACAACACUGGAUACUCACAGAAAAUCACAGGAAUGCUUCUGGAGCAGCACAAAGAGGCAGUUUUAAACCUUUUUUCAGAUCCAAAACUACUAGAGGAACAGGUGAACCUCGCUGUGAAGACACUAAAAGAGCAGAAUGAGGAGACAGACAUCAGUGACUCAUCCGAUGCUGAUGACACAGAGAAACUGGGAGAGAAGCUCUUCUCCCUGGUGCAGGAGAUGGAUCCUCUUCAUGCAAAUGAUAUUACAGGUAUGCUGCUGGAGAUGGAUCCAGCUGCUCUCCAACAGCUGCUCAGUGACCAUACGAUGCUGCAGGUGGCUGUUCAGAAAGCACAAGCAGCACUGGACACUUCGAAUUGAACUCUAUUGAAGAGGACGACAAACUUUUACACAUAGAAUAACACAUUAUUGAAUGAAUGACUUGUAUGAACUCAGAUAAUAUAAUGCUGGAACAUCAUGGCAAUACAACUUGCCAUGAUGGGUCUACGUUUGACUGGACCAACUGUAAAUAAGUGAAGAGUCUAGUAAGCCUCUUCCCAGAUGAAAUGAACUUGAUAUUGCCACUUUCUAAUACUGGUGCUCACUUUGCUAAUACACGAUUGUCUUUAUCAGAUAAAAGGACUGAACACAAGUGCCAGGGUGUUUAAUAAGAAAUAUUUAUCAGUGUUGCUCCAUUUGGGAGCCGAACCUCCACAACAAAACAUCAGAAUCUUUGUUGUUUGAUGAAAAUAUGUUGGCUGUAUGAGAGGGUUUACUUGUAUGUUCUUACCUCAGUGUUGCCAACAGUCAUGCCAGAGAUGACAAUGUAUUUGUUUGGAUUUUGUAACAAACUGUAUUCAUAAUGAUGUAUCAGUAAGUAUGUCAAAUGGCUGAAUUAUCUCCACAACUAUUGGAUGGACUGCCCUGAAAUGUUAUGUGGACGUUCAUGUUAACCCAGAGGAUGAAUGUUGACUUUUGACUUUUUCUGUAGCAAUGUUUUUCACUUACCCUGUGAAAUAUCUCAACAUCUACUUGUCAGACCGGCACAAAAUGGUGUACAGACAUUCAAGGUUCCCAAACAACAUAUUCCAAUGACUUGUGCGGAUCCCUUCACUUUUAAUCUAGUACCAUCAUCAAGUUCAAAUUUCAUCUUACUUUAUGACCAAACAUCUGCAAAACUAAUGACAUUCCGCUCAGCCUCAGCUGUUCAUGUUUUGUGUUAAUUAGCAAAUGUUAGCAUGCUAACACAAAAACUAUGAUGGUGAACAUGCAUAAAUAAAGUGGGAAAUUAUUAUUAUUAUUGUUAUACAUAGACCAUUUUACAAAGUCUUGUCAAAAAAAAGCAACUUAGGAAACAGGUUAAAAACUUUUUUUUUUAUGCAGUGAACUGAAUAUUUUUUUAAUUGAAAACAUUUAGGGUUUUUCAAACGCUGCUGAGCAUUAAUCUUUUAGAGAAAUGGAUGUGACUCCAAUGUAACACUAUGAGAGGCACAAACUGGGGCUAGUAGCUAGCUAACUUGCAAAACAUGGUGACCUGUGGUUAGAUCACCCCAGUACUUUUACAUGACAUUUGCAUGACUUUCUUAGACGUAAAGUCAAAAUGUCACUGUAAAUCCCCUCUGUCAACAUUUCAACCACUACAUGAUAUCUGACUUUGAAAUACACUUCAGCCCAGACCUUUUUUUGGAUUUCCUCACAGGUACCAUACUAGAUUUGCUUUGCUCUGCUUUGAUAAUGUUCUUAGUAUUCAUCGGUUAUUGAUCAUAAAGGAGCUAUUUGGCAUCACACCUGCUGACAUUUAGACUUUCCUCAGGUACAGAUACCUGCCAAAAGAGAUUUAACAAGUUUCUAAUGUUUAAUGUAAUAGUCAUUUUAUUUUAAAACACGAAGUUCUUUUAUGAAACCAGAACACAUCUCUUUCAUAGUGCUACAGAGCGCAAAAAAUACCUUUAUUACCAUUUUGUUCUUACCUUUUCUAUUUACUGUUUAUGUCAACAAUUUUACAGGAGAAACUCUAAAACACUGGGGAAAACAAUUACUUCUCUGAAACAGAAGAGGAACUUUUAAAAUCAUAACCUGAUGUCUACAAAACCAUUGAAUUAGAAACAUUUCGGAUGACAAAAGAAAAAAA